AUGAGAACCAAAUUAGUUGUGUUCCCAAUACGAGGGAGAAACUGGUGCUUCAGCAGAUCCAUUGAUCAUUCUUUUAAGAAGAAUUCAGAUACUUCCUCUUCCUCUCAUUCUCCUUCAACGUUCAAAGAAUUGUGGAAGGGCGUUAAUGUUGGUGACAAGCCCUUUAAUGCUAAAGCUGAGCUUCUUGCUGAUUACUGUUCCAACAAGAUGGAUAAGGCUUGGAUUGGUUUGGAAAAAUCCCCGGAUGGGUCUAUCAAGAAGAAGAUUCAUGGGUUGGGGUUGUGGCUUUUGUCACGGGUUGAGCCCUCAGAGAUAUUCUUGAAAUCUAUGUCGAAGGAAGUUACCAGCGUCGAGGUCAUUUACCCUUUAAGUCUGAAUGCACAACUUGUUCGCCGAAGAUUAAGACAUAUUGCUAUGAGGGGAACAAUUAUCCACCGGAAAUACUUAUAUGCGACAGUUUCAGUGAUUCCAUUGACCUCUGUACUUAUGGUUUUACCUUUGCCUAAUGUCCCAUUCUUUUGGUUUUCAUUUCGGGCUUAUUCGCAUUGGAGAGGCCUUCAGGGAAGUGAGAAGCUAUUCCAACUCGUCUCAGAUAGCAGCAAGAUGUCGAACACAUCAACUCAUAAGAAGAAAACUGAGCAUAAGGAAUCAACAAAUAAAACACAUAACAGUUCACAUGAACCACACUUGAAAUUGCGGCAAUCUGAAGAACUUGAGGAUCUUGUUGAACUUGAAGAUGGGAAAGACGGCCUUAGUCAGCAAGCCAUCACAAAAAUUUGCAAGAUAUAUGAUUUGAACACCAAUGAUGUUCUAAAAUACCAUAAGUCUACUUUUUGA